CAGCUCAGGGCAAGGCCAGAUCCUUAACCCGCUGAGCAAGGCCAGGGAUCAAACCCACAACCUCAUGGUUCCUAGUUGGAUUCGUUAACCCCUGCGCCACGGCGGGAGCUCCGGAAGUGUCAUUUUUGAUUGUUUCCAAACCAGGGUGAUUCUGAGAUGUGAUUCUCCCUACACUUGUUUCCAGGUUUACUUUCCUGCCACUUGCACCUGCAGAGUGGUCACCAGGCCCUCUCUGACCAGGCUGCUUUCCUGUCCUGGCCCGGGACAGUCCUUGGGUAUCGGUCACAGGGUCGCAGUCAGGCAGGGGGAGGGGGGCUGCAGCAGGUGGAGGUGCGGCCCCAUGGAGGGCACAGUGGGCGGGACCUCUGGGUGCUCCAGGUGGACCGGGACCUGGUUCUGCCUGCUUACAGUCCGGUGCCCAUCCAAUGGGCCGUGGCACGUCUGCCUGCGAGGGCGAGGCCAGGCAGGACCUUCCUCCCUGGGCUCCUCCAGACCCGUGAGCUCUGCCGCCUGGUCCAUCCCCCACGGCCCUUGGCCCCGCUGGCCCUGUUGCCCUUCCUCCCUCGGCCUCCCUCCUGCAUCUGUCCCGUUGCUGCAUGGGGGCUACGUUUACCCGGCCACAUCCACCUAUCAGUGAAGACAGGUGCCCUCAUGCAACACCCAGUCACAGGACUGCUGAUGGAGGGCGCGAGCUGUGGACCCCAGGGUUCUAGCCCCGAAAAGGCCCCCGAUGUCUCUGCAGGAGCUGGUUCUAGAGAGACGUGCUUGGGCCCACCUUCUGCACCCCGGGGAUUCUAGCCCCGAAAAGGCCCCCGAUGUCUCUGCAGGAGCUGGUUCUAGAGAGAUGUGCUUGGGCCCACCUUCUGCACGCUCAGAAUUUCUUCCAGUCCCGUCACUGUGCCCGAGUUGCUCUCCAGACACCCAGAGCCACCUGCCUUUGGCCAGGAUUUGAAGGUCUUACCCCUGUUUGGCUUUGUGGAGGCAGGCCCCUGGCAGAGGAGACCUGCCUCCAGGUCUGAACUUGCUAAUUGGGCCUUUUGUUUUCUUGGAGCUUGGUUAUCCCCCCUGAAGCAUUAUAAGUUAAAAAGAGAGAGAGAGAAGUUUUGCCUUUUAUUAUAAGGAAAUGUUGUUUCCAAAUGCCAUUAAACCUGGCAGUGCCUCUGGUUUAUGCAAACUUGACAUGACUGCAAUAAGACAGCUUAGUGCUAGUGUGAGCUUCUUGUGCAAAAUGCUUUACACGUCAGGAACCAGGUAUUUCCUGUCACAACCAGGGUGCAUCGCUGCAGCAUCUUGUACUUCAGUGCCCUCUGAGCUGAGUGAGGAGGUGUUAGUUCUCUGUUUUAGUUGCCGUUGACACUUGCUGCUUCAAGAGACUGGCUGUUCCCUCUGAGGUCAGCAGGCGGGAGCUCACUCCCAUGCGAGCGGGCGAUGUGCGCUCCAGUGGAAGGAAGCAGUUAAGAGUCUGCGGGCGUGGAGAGCAGAUGCACUCUCUGCACAAAACAGAAAGGUGGUCCCUGCCCGAGAGACCGCUUGUGAAAAUGCUUGUGCUUCUAGCCUCCACUCCGAGAAGGAGGGUCUCGACCAAGGUGCGGACGCUGCCCCGACCAGGGUGAGUCACCAUCACGCUACAGUCCCCGCCUGCUCACAUGUCCUGACCUCAUUUGUGGGGACCAGACUGCAGGAGAUGAGGAGAGGCGAAGGGUGGCUGCACUAAUUACUACAGAACUUGUUUCCUCUCCUAGAAAAGGUCACGUUUAACAGGUCUUCAGCUUUGCCCGAGUCGUCAGAGCCACGCCCUCCCGCAGGUUAGCCCCCUUCCUCUGCCAGGUAAGCCCAGGCGCACACCUUGCGCCCCACUGGCAACAGUCUUAGUGUGGAGAGGUGGCGAAAGGGGUGGCAGGGAGCCCCUGGGGGUCUGCGAAGCUUGGAUCACCUGCUGAAACUCGCCGGAGAAUAACGUGGACCCCAGCGCCUGUUUACUGAUUCAUGGUGAGAACAAGGGCGCGCAGUGCUCAGAGGCAGCGCUGCGUCUCCUUUAAUCCAAACCACAGAGCGGAAAUGCACCCAUCAAAGCAGGAAGGAGAAGCGCCAAACUCCUGGUCAAGCGGAGGAUACAUGGUACUGCCACACAGAAAAUAGAAAACAUUACUUCAAGAAAUCAAAAAGGUCAGACGUUCCCUGGAGGCUCAGCGGGUUACGCAUCUGGCAUUAUCACUGCCAUGUCACGACUUGAUCCCUGGUCUGGGAACUUCUGUGUGCUUUGGGUACAGCCAAAAAAAAAAAAAAAAAAAGAAAGAAAAAGAAAAGAAAAAGAUCCAGAUAAAUGAAAGGCUAUGCCAUAUUCAUGAAUUGAAAAACUCAAUAUUAUUAUCAUAAAGAUGCCAGAUCAAGUUAUAGGAUAACAUCUAUUAAUAGCUUUGCCAUAAAAACUGAGCAGAUUUUCUGGGGGGAAACUGACAAGCUAAUUGGAAAUGCAGAGGGAUUUCCUGUAGAGCUCAGGGGCCAAGACAGUGUGGCAUCGAUGCAAGGACGGACAGACAGGCACGUCGGACAGAAGCAGACGGUCAGAGUGGAUGCCUGUUGUGAUGAAGCUGGAGGAAGGUGCUGGGCUCGUCAGUACAUGGUGCAGUGUGAACCUGAUCCGCAUGGAAAAAGCAUCAUGACCCUACCUCACACUGGUGCAUGGUAAACAGCAGGUGGAGGGUGGAAGUUUCUAGAAGAUGACAGGGCAGAAUUAGGAGGGUUAGGAGGAAGAGUUUUGUCACAGACAGAAACGCUGUCUGUGAGGAGAGGUUGAUGGAUCGGGCGAUGUCAGGUCCGUUAGGACAGCAGACGGGCAGGCCAGGGGGCAAGAUGUUUGUGGAGAAAUUCACCUGAUAAAGCCUCACGUCCAGAAAGGCCGAGAGCAGUGACACAUCAGCAAGACAGCUCAGCGGAAAUUCGUGAAAAAACAGAAACAGGCAACACGCACACACACACUCACGUCUGAAGACCUAUAAACAUGCCAGAAGACACUGAAUUUCAUUAGCCUUCAUGAAGUGCUAAUGAAAACCAUAAAAAGAAGCCGUGACACAUCCACCAUCAUGGCGCAAAUUAAAGGGCUGAAAACACCAAAUCUUGGCCAGAACAUAAAGCACCUGCCCUCGGACGCACUGUCACAAUGGACGUGUGGACUGGCACGCUCACCUGGGACGACCGUUGAGCUUUUUCUCCUAAAGCUGAGGCUCUGUGACCCAGAAACCCCACUUCUGGGUGAGCAGCCAACGGAAGAGCCUCACAGACACGGGGCAGCUCUGCAACGGGCCCAGCCGCGAGCGGGUGAACGGGCGCGGUGUGCUCCGAAGCAAACCCCGCCUGGGCACUGCGUGGGACGUGGCACUGCGGCUGUGCCCCAGGCCCAGCGCCCCGCGAGGUCCAGGACCGGCCGGCCUGCGGGCUCUUCACCACGCCUGCUCUGCGGAGGGUUCCCAGACGCUGUCGGGGUCCUGCUUCCCGACGGGGCGGCGAAGCUGCGUACUGACGGUUCAGAUCCUUGCAGAGCACGCGUCACGCCUGCGUCACAAAGGUUCACGAGGAGAGCCUCGCUCUGGGACACCAGGGGCCGGGUGAGGGGAGCCGCCAGGUGUGAGAACUAAAAGGCGGGGCAGGUCUGCCGGGUCUCCGCGGGGGAAGCCUGGGGUCUCCACGUCCUCCGUGAGGGGGUGGCUGUUCUCGUCCAGAGAUCUUGGCCCUGGGCGGCACUGACCAAACAACCACUUCUGACCCCGUGUCCGCUUCUUUCUGUAGAAAGAGAGUCUUGGACUGGGGCGCAUGGGUGAUCAGGGUCCAGCCUUCGAGUUAUCACACCGCUUUCUACCUUCCUGAGUUCCCCAUCUGAGUUCAGGGCCCAGCAGGUCAGCCACGCAGUCGGAGGAGCACGUGCAGAGACGGUGCAUCUUAUCCACGCUGGGUGACGUGACCUGUCACCGUCUAAGGAGUGACUCACUGUGAGGUCUGCUUCUCCAGGAACUUCCCUCUGUCUAGUUAUUCCCAUGACCCUACUGAGAAGAGAUCGAGACUCGGCAACGGGCGGUUGAGGUCCCAGAGGACACCUGGGAGCUGUUGAGGGGGUUGUCCCGCUGGGGUUGCAGGUGGGUGAUGAAUGACACGCUUCAGCUGAGGUCGUGCGGAGUGGGCACCAACCUCACCACACGUCAACGCAGAAUGUUUUUGCUGACAGUAGCAACAGCAGCGUCUUCGAAGCCCGUGGCAGUGGCCCCAGACCGCCAUUUCCCAGCCUGAGGGGGUGGCCCCUGCGUUCAGGGCCCUGGCAGGUGGGCGGGCAGAGGACCCGAGAGGGCCAAUGACUGGCCGGUCCUCGCGGCGUCCUGCUGGGGCAGCGGUCAGGCCUGGGGGUGCUGGGAAGAGGGACCUCACUGUCCGGGAGGCCCCGGCCUGGUCCCGUCUCACCCUGUGGCUCCCACUUGUGCACACGGGGGUCUAACUGACUGACUUGUGUGACGCGAGUAUGACGCGUGGGCGGAAAGUGACCGACCGCAGACGCACCCCUCCAUGAGGUCGGUGUCGGUUUAGCCGUUUGGUCUCUGAGCUUCAACCCGGCCCCGAGGGUGCCGCCCGGCCCGGGGGAUCCAGAGCGCGGGAUCUGCGCCUCGUGAGCCGGCCGCCUGGUGUCCAGGCCAUGUGGCCGCGUCCUCCGGGGACUUUCUCUUCAUGGCAGAUGGAUGAUGUGUUCGCAGUUGGUGGCGGAACAAAGGGCGGACAUGCCCUCAGGUAAGGCUGCAACGACUGUCGUGUCCUUCCAGACGGACGUGAUGCAUCAGAACAUCUACGACUACAUCCACGUGGACGACCGACAGGACUUCUGCCGGCAGCUCCACUGGGCCAUGGACCCCCCGCAGGCGCUCUGCGGGCAGCCCCUGCUCUCAGGGUCCGCAGGCGAGGAUGCCGUCCUGGGGAGGCUGCUCCAGGCUCAGGAGGGGGCUGCGGGCUUGCCCCCCGAGUACUCGGCCUUCCUGACGCGUUGCUUCAUCUGCCGCGUGCGCUGCCUGCUGGACAGCACCUCGGGCUUCCUGACGAUGCAGUUUCAAGGAAAGCUACGAUUCCUGUUUGGACAGAAGAGGAAGGCACCGUCGGGGGCGGCCUUACCCCCCCGGCUCUCCCUGUUCUGCGUCGCGGUGCCGGUUCUCCUGCCUCCUGUGGCGGAAGUGAGCGGGAAGAGUGCCUAUCUUCGGGCUAAGCACCGCGUGGACAUCUCGGCCACACCGGAUGCGGGAGCAAAAGCCACUCCAAGUCUGUGUGGGUCAGACUUGCACGGAAAACCCAGUUACGUAGCAGGAAGGAGCAAUGGAGAAAACGGCCUUUCUGUGUUCAGGGCACCGACAGAUGCCUGCCGCUGGGGCCGGGUUCCAGCCAGAGCGCCCUGCCUGUGCUUCCGGGGUGACUCUGACCUCGUCCUUGACCCUGAGGGGGCCACAGGCUUCUCUUCCUGCAGGGAUGGGGGAGGAGAGGAGCCCAGAGGGGUGCGGAGGGACGUGCCCCCUCACAGCUGUCGCCUGGAGACGCCGGGAUCCACGAAGCACCUGAGCUGGACCCCAGGGAAACAUGGUCAGGAUGGCAGCACCAAGCUGAAGCUGGACCCCAGCAACAGCGACCUGUUCUCUGUGCUUGCUCUGCCCCGUGGCGCCUGCCUGCCCUGCCCUGGCCUACAGGGCACCGACCAUGCCGGCGGUGCCGUGGCCUCCAGGAACCCAGCCAGCGGUCACCUGCCAAGGCACCCCCCCUGCGCCUGCGCCGGCCGGACCAGCAGAGCCGUUCGGGGCGGCCACCAGGGCCAGGUGCACCCUCCCCCCAGCUGCCCCUUCCCUCAGGGGGGCCUGGGCGGGGGGCUCCCGCAGCGUCUCCCAGCGGGGGGCUAUCCUGCCCAGGACAAGUUUCACGGACUCCCGAUGCUCCCAGGAGCCCUGAGGAACCCCGUGUCCUCACUCGACGUACCCAUCAAGAUGGAGCGUGACUCUGGGGCCGAGGACACAGCAGAUGGCUACUCUGUGUCCCCAAGCCAGGUGUGGGUGGGGGCCAGCGAUGUGGCCAAGAGCCAGCUGGUCACUUUCCCGACCAGGAUGCACCUGAAAACAGAGCCAGACGCCAGGCACCCCCUGUACAGCCCGCACCUGCGGCACGGCGGCCUGCUGGGGGCCCACCCCAGACCCGGCAGGGAGCCAGCCCCCUUCCAGCCCGCACCCUGCGCCUGCCUGGAGCCUCCGCCCCGCCUCGCGCGAGGCCACCAGCCCCCGACUGGGGACUGCGACUGCAGAGCUCCCGGGUCCGCGCCGGUGGUCAAGCUCGAGCCCCUGGACUUGCCCCCGUGGGCUGCUCACAGCCAGGGCGGUGCGCCCGGGAUGUUCCCCAAAAGUGCCUUGGCGACGCGGAUGCCGGCCCGCGACCCCGAGUGCGUGUUCCUGCCGUAGAGCCCCUUGCCCAGCGGACGUCUGUGCGCGUGCGCGUUUGCCCCUCGGGGUGUCGACGCGGGCGGCCAGCGCAGCGCCGAGCUGGCUUGUCCAGAAUGGUCUUAAGGCUGCUCAAGCAUGACAGUGUCCCCCCUUUGAGGGCGGACAGUUCUUAGGAGAGCGGCCGGGCCAGCCGGCGGCAGUGCUUCCGUGCGCCCAGUGGUAGCGGUCCCCGGCCCCGGGGCGGUUUCCAGCCCCUUCUGUCCGCGUCCCCGCUUCACUGCUGCGCUGUGCAGGCAGGUCGACGCCUCGGGGAGGGGACCUCAGGGAGCAGCCACAUCUGGGGUGACCCACUGCCCAGGCAGCAAAUUAGAAAUAAAGCCCGCUGAGCCGCGGAGCCCACGCGCCCGGCCCUGGCGGGAAUGUCGGAGUUCCAGCCCCAGAGAGGCUGUCGGCGCUGGGCUCCGCCCUGCGCUCCGGGGGCGGUGUUGCUGGAGACGCGCGGCCGUGCUCCGAGGGAGAAGGGGCCGCAUAGAGUCCUGUUCCUUCCAGAAGUCUCUCUGGUGUUUUCAGUGGGCCCCUAAGGGUGGUUUGAGGCUGUCUCUCUCUCACCACGCCAUGUAGCCUCCUUACAGAGUCCGGGUUUGGAAGUGAGAGAGGUACCAAAGGUGGAGAAGGAAGUAGGAUGUGGUCACCUUGCUGUCUUACUGACUGGUGUUUCCAGGGAAAACUCCAGCCAUUGUCCUAGGAAGGAUUACUAGAGACAGACAGGAAUGUUUGAUUUUUAAAAUUGUAAAGAUAACAUAUUCUGAGUGCAGGAAAUUUGGAUGCAAAAGAAUAAAACAGGAUGCAAAGGUUGCCUGCAGUCACCACCUAGAGAUGGCUCAUGGCCGUGGGUGAAGUCCACCCACCUCCCGAGUGACCCCACCCCAUGGGACAUGACAGCAGGGGCCAGAAUCACCAGCCAGCAGGACAAAGCUGGUCAGGGACCCCCUGUGCUGGGGUUGGAGACCCCUCUUCCUACAGACACAAGCACCUGUCCCCAGUCACCUCCCUCUGGAGUCUGGGCCCCAGCAGGGACCUGCAGCCCCACCCUGUUCCAUGCAGGGUCCUUCACUCUGUCAUCUGUGGCUUUGGGGAGUCAGUGUUCAGCUCCUGGGUUAAUGCUGGAGCUGUUCGCUAAAUGCACAUUCACCUUGUCAAGCUCAGGGCUGGGCGGGCAGGACUGGGUCUUCUGGACACUUAGAUGCUCGCUGGGACCAUGCCCCUUGGCCGCCUGCUUCGUGGAAGGGCUUCCCCUGAGGGGAGGCUGAGGGUCUCUCCCCCGGACUGACAGAGGUUAACCACCAGAACCCGGUGUUGGGAGUGGUCAAUUCGUGGCCCCUGGGAACCCCAAGCCCUGCCUAGCAGCCUCUUCUUCUCUGCCCAGCCCACGGGGGCCUUGCAAAAGUGACAUUGGUGCUGUGCUGUCCCCACUGUCAUCGUCAAAGUCUUCCCCUCGCCUGUUACGAUGGCAGCAUGGCGACCUGUCCCAACCCCGCUUCCUGCUCUUACCCACACUGGCUCAGCGUCCCUCCCCUCUGCUUAAUGUCACACUGAGCACGGCACACCUCCUUGUAGAUCUAACCCCUAGGACAAGUUGUGGGAUGCCGGAAACUUCCUCCUUUCUUCUGGUUCAAACCAAGGCUCCGCUCCUCAUGGAAGCCCUGUACCACACCUCAACAGCAGCGCUCAGCCCCUUUGGAGCCCCUCCGUGAUGGCUCACCAGGUCCAUGCCCUCAGGCUCACUCUUCUCACCAGGCUAGGCCAGUGUGGCAAGUCCUGGGAUAUCCUGGGGCAGCCCUGCACCUGACACCACACUUCCCUGUCUCAGGGCGCAAUAGACAGGUGGUGCCACACGCAUGUACCAAAUGCAUCACCCGGAAAACCCCGGACUGAAAAGAUGGAAUUGAGAGACAUCAUUGCACGUUUGCACACUGUUGCCAGAUCCCCGCAUAACCGAAGAGCUGCAGGCGUGAGCCUCGCGUGAGGAGGAGUCUUUCUGAAGGACACACAGCCACCCCUGCCCACAAGGGCUGUGGCACCCAAGCCAUGUUCCUGGAGGUUCAGAGCACCCAUCUGUGGCCACUCCCCUGGGACCACGUGCACCAAACUGGUCACGGUUGGUGGACAGGCAGAUUAAGCCUUGUUGGUGUGGAAUCAGCAUCUGGACACCAGCUCUGAGGGGUUUGUGUUCUAAAGGUACCAUCAUGCUUGGGACCCAGGUCCUGAUGUGCCCUGGUCCCUUCCUCUGCUGGGUCGGUGGCAACAAAACUUCCCCCAGUCAGCACUUUUGUGAUUUUACAGCCAUGCCCCUAUGGAAAAAUUGUGUGGGGAAGGUGAUGAUGGAAUGUAGAAGGUCAGAUCUGGCCAUUUCUGUAGGCGUGGCCAUUUCUGCUUUAAAAUGUCAUUACCAGUACUAAUUACCGGCUUAUAUGUUUCUAUUGUCUGUAGCUUUUGGCUGUGUAGCUGAGAACAUAUUAAAAUCAAGUAUACAGGAAUGAUAUGGAAGGGAAAAGACAAACACAAAUUGUAUUUUAUAUUUUUGCAGUUUCUACUGGAUGAAAAAAACUUUCAAUAUGGAGACUGACUCGUUGAAUUUUUAAAAAUUGGAUGCACUAUAAUGUAACUUUUUGUACUUUUUCUCAGUGCCUUUAGAAAGAGCUUUCAAAUGCAUUUCUGAUACUGUGGUUCUUGUUAAAUUCGCAAUAUGGAUGUAAAAUAAAUGUUAGUAUGUGUCUGCUUUAA